CCUGGCACUUGAAGUUUGGGCCCUUCCUGUGUAACGUGCUUUGAUUGAAAGGGUCUCACAGGAAUCUCAACACAGGGAGAGGAAACUGCGAGAGUAGCAAACAGCCUCACCUAGAGGACCUGGUGCCGUGGCUACCUGGCAGCCGGGGCGACAGGAAAGGGAGGAGGGGGAAGCCCCAGAGAAGGAGGCGCUGCCGGGAGUCCCUCAGGAGGCGGCGCUCUCCUGGGCGCGGCGGGAAAACGGGGCGGGACGGACAUCCGGCGACCGGUGACUGGACCCUGCGGCUCGAAUUGGGAGGAGAGGGGAGGGCCUCAGAGACCUCUGUCGGGGUCCUGGAAUGGGAGACAGGAAGGGCUUUAGAUUUUAUGACUCUCCUCCUUUGUCUGUGGCCUAUGCCAUCGGAAACGUAUUAAGAAACAAACAAACAAACAAAAAACCACUGCUCCAAGGGGGAGAGUCUAGCCUCCCAUCUCUUGGAGCCGGAUCUUGAAGUUCGUUUGUAAGAGAGGGGGUGGAAGAGAAAGAAAAGGCUGAUCGCCGUUAAGAGAAACUGAAGGGAACCACAGACAAGGAAGGAUCGCCCUUCUGACCCUCAUAGCUGAAGACCCUAUUGAGGCUUUCAAGCAUUUGGAAGCUGCAGUGGAUUUGCUUUAAAAGGGAGAUCUCAGAAUUGAUUACACAGCUCAAAUCUGGAAUACUUUACAAAAUAUAUUUUUGGAAAGAUAAAUUGGAAGCUAGGUUAAAGUAGCAGUGGGCACUUACAGAGUUAUAGACUGCUCUGAUGUGUAAUGGGCCAUAUUAAAUUCACAGAAGAAAUCGUGCCAUUCUUCAUCCACGAUGAUGCAGGAACUGUAAAUAUGAUGUCAGAAUUCAUUGCUAAUUUGCCACAGGAGCUGAAGGCAACACCUUCUGAGAGGCAGCCAUCAUUACCAGAGCUACAACAAUAUCUACCUACAUUAAAGGAUUCAAAUAUUGGUUUUGAUGAAUUUAAGAAAAUUAUUCAUAAUAGAGAAAGUGAAGCAGAUGAUGAUAGUCCUUCAGAAUUAAAAUACUUAGCCUUGGAUACUCAUUCCCGAAAAAAGAGAGAUUCCUCUAUGUCACUAUUUGAGAAAUGUUGCCAAAUUGGUUGUACUGGAAAAUCUCUUUCUCGAUUAUGCUGAAAUGAAGCUACUUGUGUAUAUCUCAUCUAAUGUUCACGUGUAUUCUUUAUGACAUUUUCACUGAUGCCUCUGUCAGAUCCCACUGAGCCUUUGAAUAGGAUAAAUUUUUAUUUAUAUUUGGAUUUUUCAU